CAUAGUCAUCCCUACUUCGGGUAGAGGUAGAGGUAGGUAGUUGGGCCAUUGGCAUUUUGGCACGCCAUCAGCAUGAGCUCUCCUCCUCCUUCCUAAGUUCCUCCUCCUCCUCCCUAUAGAUAGAAAGCUGCUGCUCCCCGUCCAAAGGAGAUGAGGCUCAUGACUGGUCGUCGGAGAUGGCCGGCUUCGUCCUCGUCCUCGUCCUCUUCCUGCUCCGGAUGGAGGGCUUCCACAUACACCAAUCGCUCCUAGCGCCUCCUCCGAAUCCCGUGUCUCGGGGUCGUCGAGCAGUGCAUGCGACACCCGACACAAUCACAGGGCUAGGUAGCUAGCAAGCAUACAUAGCUUGUGGGGAGCGAGGUCGUUGCAGGCGGCGUCUUGUUGUCAUCGCUCGCAUCGCAGCUGUCACGUUUGUGGUGCCUCUUUGAGUUCGACGGCGGAUGGUCAUCAUGGCCGGGAUGCUCCCCGGCGUGGAGUGCGCGCGGCGGCGGCGGCUCCGGCAGGGCGGGUCGUCGUCCGGCGCGGCGGAGGCGCCGUGCGGGACGCGGCGGCCGUCCUUCUGCCUGUACGCCGGCGGCCACGACCACGCCCACCUUGGCUCGGCGGCGGCCUCCAAGGAGAGGAGCAGCAGCAGCGUGUGCAAGGAGAUGAUGGCGCGCGCGUGGACGCUGGACACCAACGCCCGGGAGGCGAAGGAGAGACUGGACCAGAAGCUCAGGGGGCAGAGAGAAUCACUGGUCAAGAGGAAUCAGAGCACGGGCACCGUGCGACCGCCGACGGCGAAGCCACACCCACACGCAACGAGCACGAGCGGCAGCGGCAGCAGCAAUCUCCACCACUCGGCUACUACGGCGGCGCCGGCCAUACCCGAGGCUGGCGCGACGCCAGCGGCGUCGUGGGCGCUGCAGCGGGAGGUGUUCUCGAAGCCGACGAACGCGGGAGGCGCGGCCCGGCGGCGGCGGUUCGGCUGGAGCCUGCUGGGGCGGCGCAGGCCGGCGGCGACGUCGGAGGCGGAGGCGGAGGCGUCGGAGUGCGCGGUGUGCCUGGAGGAGCUCCGGGCGGGGGACGUGCUGGUGCACCUGCCCUGCGCGCACCGCUUCCACUGGUCCUGUGGCGUGCCCUGGGUCCAGGCCGCCUCGCGCUGCCCCGUCUGCCGCGCCCUGGUCCACCUCGCCUCCUGCCCUCCCCCCAACUGACCGACCUGCCGCGGGAUGGCUUGGAGUCUUCUCUUCUUCGGCCGGACGGAGCAACGCGGGACCGCGCCGCCGUGCGUGGCAGACCCAGGCCAUGGACACGGGCGGAUGGCAUUGGCAGGCAGGCUGCGGGUGACCGUGCGUGCGCGAGAUGCCUCGUGUCGAGGACACCGCAGAGUGGGGGUGGGGAUCACUGGAUCAGGGUCGGAUGAUGGUGCACGGCGAGACGGAGCACUGAAUCGAUGAGCGCAUGGAGCGCUGCGAUCGCACGGGGCAUCAGUUUCAUGGAGCCAUGUGCUGAUUAGUUUUGCACAGCUGCUCACGACGCUGGUUAUCCCAAAUCUGUGUAGUAUUCAUCUCAAAAAAAAAACUGUCUAGUUACGGUCCGUGUUCAGAUUUCAGAACGUCUGGUUGCCUAUCCAAGUCGGUUACGGUUACGGCCAUUGUCC